AAUCCCAUCUCUUUGCUGCAUGUGUGCUAAGCCUCUUUAUCCUGCUUUACACCCAUGAUCAGGCAGACAAGAUCUGGUGCUCUACCAGCAAGUGCCCCUCUGAUCCCCAGAAAGCCACCACUGUUAACACACUCACACCCAGCUCGCUUCCUAGUGCUCGAUAACCUUGUGGCCUUUCCAUUGGCUCCCUGCCUCAUGUGAAGGUGAUGGUGACACUCAUCGCCAAAGAAAGGGAGAAAAAAAACUAUGCAGCUACACACCAAAUCUUACUGCUGCCUGCAAUCUUGCUUGCUGCCUAUAUAUACCGCUUCUAGUUCAGCACGGCAGAAACUUACUCUUACAUUCUUGCAGAGUUCAGAGUUGCAGAAGUGCCUUUGUAGACAAGAGAAACGGAUCGGGUUCAACUGGGGAGGAAGAGUUGGCGUCAGAGAGAGUAUCACGAGUGGAGGUGAAGCAAGCAUGCAAGAAGGGUACGUGUUCUCGAGGAGGGCGUUGCUGCUGCGCAGCUACGGGGAGAAUGCUGCCGCGAGCCAGGUGGUGGCCGGGCAGGACGCUCCUCCGGCGGCCGACGUCGCCGGGAGCGGCGGAGGCGUUAGCGCCGGCAACAGCUUCGACGCGAACGUGGUCAUGAUCCUGGCCGUGCUCCUGUGCGCGCUCAUCUGCGCGCUGGGGCUCAACUCCAUCGUGCGGUGCGCGCUCCGGUGCUCGACCCGGAUGUCGCCGCCCGGCGGCGCGCCGCGGCAGCAGCCGGCCGCGGGGGAGCCGGGGCUGUCGGUGGCGCGGCUGGCGCAGGCGGGCGCGCGGCGGAAGGCGCUGCGCGCGAUGCCGACGCUGGUGUACUCGGCGGGGCUGCUGCCGCUGCAGGCGGCCGGCGGGGGCGGCGGGCCCGUGUGCGCCAUCUGCCUGGCCGAGCUCGAGCCCGGGGAGCGCGUGCGGGUGCUGCCCAAGUGCAACCACGGCUUCCACGUCCGCUGCGUCGACCGGUGGCUGCUGGCGCGAUCCACGUGCCCGACGUGCCGGCAGUCGCUGUUCGCCGCGCCGCACAAGGGCUCCGGCUGCGCCGACACCGGUGCCGGCGCCGAGCCGCCCGUGCGGGCGUUCCUCGUGCCGCUCCGGCCGGAAGGUUUCGUCACGCCGUACGAUUUUUAGACUACGAAUAGUCGUGUAGUCUAGUCUUUGGUUUGUAGAGUACAGUAUAUGUAAGCAAUACAUGGAAACUGAUCACGGCAUUCUACAUUGUAUAUACUGCAACCGGAGCACUUUUGCGUUAA